AUGGAGUUUAAUGAUCAAAUGGAUGUUAAUUUUUCAAAAACCAAUUCUGAAAACCAAAGAUCCUUUAAUGGACCCUUGGGAGAUUAUGGAGGAUCACGUUUUGCCUCUAUUUUCAAUGAGAAUAAACUCAAGUCUGCCGAUGAUGACGAUGAUUAUAAACUUCUUAUGGAAAGCAUAUUGAAAAGUGGCGGGAAAACGAUCGUUGAUCGUUUGAAUGUUGGUGAACGUGGGUUUGCAGUAGACUACACACCCUCUACAUCACUAAACACUUCAUCCACGAGCAUUAAUUCACUGAACAGCAAUGCCACAAAUUCGUAUGCCUAUGUUCCUUAUGUUAGUACUUCAACCGUUAAUUCUAUGGAUAACAUAACUAACACAGCGAAUGGUUCAUUCGAUUCUUUUGUCAGAUCUAUAAAUUGGUCCAAUUCCAACAAUAAUGGCUCUUCCUUUAGGGAUUCGAUGAGACCCUCAAGCAGUAUUGCUUCUGAGAGGUCCAUAUUCAGUGAUUUUAAUUCAUUCAAUAUUGAUUGGAGUUUUGGUGGUUCUUCAUCAUUCAGGAGCCCUGUUGUACAACCAACAUAUGUGGAAUCCCUUCAAGCACUGAGCAUCUCUUCCAGUCAACGUACUCAACCUUUUGUAGGAAGGGGUAUGUCAAAGUAUUUUAAUUAUCAAAAUACUGUAUCAAGUGAACUUGGACGUGCUUUAUCUAACAUAAGCAGUAUUCUUGAUCCUAGAUCUGUUGGAAUUCGUCAACGCCCUGUGGGUUCCCAGGGCACAUUUAAAUCUAUCAACGCCUUCAGGAAGAAUAUUCCUAAGAAGAAAAAGAAGAAGAACAAUGAACAUUUUGCUCUUAUUUCUCUAAGGGAUAAAGAAUUUGACGACGCUGUUGACUAUCUGAAGGAGACCCUGGUUUCUCUAUACAAGGACCAAAUUCCACCCGUAUAUUUCAAUGUAAGGGGUAGAUUUAUAGAAUUUAACUCUAAGGGAAUUGCUCCUGAACAUAUCAUGGAUGUUUGUAAGCGGAGAUCCGACAUAUUCAAUGUUGUCACAAAUGGAUCACUUAAUGAAACGUAUAUAUACUUGGUCGAGCCUCCAAGCUGGUUCAACAAUUGGGUUGAUCGUAACGAUAUGAACGAUACAUAUCCUCAAGAUAUGUGGGACCAAUUCAUCACUUUCUUAGAAGGAGUAGCUAGCGGUCGCGAUAAUACAAUUUUCUUCCCGGGGAGUAUCUACGGUAUGUCUAGGGUUCUACAAAGACUCAACUUGCCCUUCUUGGCUAACAUGACUCUUGGAACCAUCUGUCACAUUGUUCAAUUAGCUAUUCGAGUAAGAAAGCUGAUAGUUUAUGAUGUCAAAACUUUGAAACCAUCACCUUCGUUUUUUUCUAUACGCCCAACUCAGGGUUGA